UAAAACUUACUGAAACGAAACAAAGUCUCAUCACAUUACGAAACCCUAACCCUAAUUCCUUUUCUCUCUCUUUUUCUCUCUUUUUCUCUCCUCCAAACCUUGAGACAUUUUCUUCAAAACUCUUGUAAUCUCCUCUUCCACCUCCAACUCUAGCGAUCUCCACCGAAUCGCUGUUCUCACGAAACAUCUGAUUUUCGAAAAUUCAAUAAUCCGAAUCUCUCUCUUCACAAUUUUUUUUUUCCAUUCUGGAUCUUCAUAUUCGAUUUCCUUGUAUAAUUGUAUAAAAUUUCAGUUGACUAUUGCGGACUCAGUUCUUUCCAAAUUGCUGGAUCUUUCGGAUUUUCGAUUUUUUGGUGUAAAUUUCAGUGUUCUGAAGCGCUGAGGAAAUUUUUGUUCUAUAAUAUGCAUAUUCUGUACCUAAAAUUUUAAGAAAUUGCGGCUCCCACUUGUUGUUUGGAUUUUUGUUCGUUUGCAAGAUACGUGGCGUAUUUGGAGAAGAAAUGGUGGGCGGUGGUAGCAGGAGAGACGAGGGUUCGAUGGUGAUCAACAACAACAACGUUUUUGCGGUGCUUGAGAGCCUAAGGAAGAAGAAGAAGUCCGAUAAGGAACGUGGAAGUUCGAAGAGUAAAGGCUCGUCCAAGGCCCAAGAAAAGGAUCCGGAGCCGCAGGUGUUUUGGGCACCUGCGCGUUUGACAGUGAAAUCGUGGGCAGACGUUGAUGAUGACGAUGAUUAUUACGCCACUACUGCACCUCCCCAGUCCGUUUGGGGUACUUCGGAGCAGUCACAGACUAUGGAGAAACCGACCCAGGUAGAGGAGUCUGAAAGUGAAGAAGAUAUUCUUGAUGAAGUUGAUGAUGAUUUAGAAGAAGAGCAUGACCAUGAACCAGAGCCAGUGGUGAAGAAGCCUGUUGAAUCUUCUUUGGUGUCAAAAGAAACAGAAAGACAACUCACAAAGAAGGAAAGGAAGAAAAAGGAGCUUGCAGAGCUUGAGGCCCUUCUGGCUGAUUUUGGAGUUUCCCAGAAAGAAAGCAAUGGCCAAGUUGAGUCACAUGGUGUUUCACAAGAGAAGAAAGAGGAGGAUAAGAAGGGGGAGCUUAAUGGUGAUGGAGAAAAGAAGGACAAUGCUCCUACAGAGUCCAAGAAUGCAAAGAAGAAGAAAAAGAGGGAUAAAUUGUCUUCGAAGGAGGUGAAAGAAUCCCAUGAUCAGCCUGAUAGCUCAGAUGCUGCCAAUGGGCUGGAGGAAGCUGCUGCAGGUGAGCAAGUUGAAGAGGAGACACCUGCUGUGGAUAUGAAAGAGCGGCUAAAGAAGAUGGCUUCUGCGAAGAAGAAGAAAUCAACUAAAGAGAUGGACGGUGCUGCUAGAGCUGCUGCUUCAGAGGCUGCUGCAAGGAGUGCAAGGCUUGCUGCAGCAAAGAAGAAAGAGAAGAACCAUUACAACCAGCAGCCAGUCCGGUGAGAGCCCCAUUUUGUUCCUCACAUAUGAACAUGUAUUUGCCCUUGUUCAUUUGAGGUUGAUACAAAAUAAUCAGAAGGCUCUGGUUUUGUGGAAGAUUGCCUUUAGUAGUAUUGCCAUGGACUCAGAGCUUCCUUUUCUUGGGGAUCUUAUUAUGGCUGGCUAUCAUGGGACAUUGUUUUUCUAGUUUUGUGCAUUGAAAAUCCUUCCACGGACGGACACGGGAGUUGAACUUCAUAUUAUUAGUAGUAUAUUUAAUCUA